AUGGACGUCAUUAAUAUCCCACAUGAACAAAAGUCUUCAAUCGUUUCUGGACCAGAGGAGUGUACAGCGAGAAAUGAGACCGCAGAUGUCAGAAGGACUGCCAACAAAAACCUCUGUAGUCAAGGUGAGUUUUUUCAGCGAUUACUCAGUGAUGUUGGAUGGUAUUCUGAAACUUUGUGUUUGGUUUAAGUGCUUUUUGAAUUUCUAGUUCAGCUCAUGUUGAAUAUUUUGAUUUAAAAGAAACUUCUCAACAGUUGGAUGAAUUUCCAUCCACAAAAUCUGGUCAGUGAUUGGUACUAUUCGGUGCUCUAGUGCAGCUUUACUUUAGAUGGCAAUCAUAACAAGACUUAGUCUCAACUUUUUGGUUGUAAGAAUCAGUUUCAGAAUUAUCUUGGCUGUUGACUUUGUAAACCUUUAACAGUUUUUUCUCCUGCCGUCCUCCUCAGGUGUCCUUCUGCAGAUAGUGGAAAUGUCGGCAAACUCUUUGACCAGCAAUUACUCCACUAUUGUUUGGGCACACAAUGUAAGCACCCCAUUCCUAGUUUGUAGCAUCAUUGACACCACUUUCUUCGCCACCAGAUCAGUCCUCCUCUUCCCUCUCACUGUCCUCAUACUCUACCUGGCUUACCAAAGAUGGAGGCAGCAGGGCUCUUGGACAGCUGUGAGCCACUGUGACCUCUUCACCUACCACCUGGCUGACAUGGAGUUGUUUGAUAUUUUAGGUACGGUGUCCUUGCUUUGCGGCCUCUUGACUGGAUUCAAAGACAUAGUGAGAGUGAGCCGGUAUUUAUAUUCCAUUCCUAUCACUGGGGAGUUCUUCUUUCACAACCUGACCUGUGUGGAGCGAUACCUGGCUGUUGUUCAUCCCCACACCUACAUUGGUCUGAGAAGUGCUCGUGGGGUCAGGAUCAGGAACACCAUCAUUGGGUGUGUUUGGCUGCUGAGCUUCGCCUGGAUGUUAAAAAUAUCUCUGCAUUAUCCGUUGUAUCCCAUCGUUCCAUCUCUCGUCAUCUUCACGCUGUCUUUAGUUAUCAUUUCCUUCUGCGGCCUCUCUGUUCUUUGUGUUCUGAGUCGACCUGGACCCGGACAAAAGGUGCAGGACAAGGAGGGAGUGGACCAGUCAAAGAGAAGGGCUUUCUACACCAUUAUGGCUAUAACGGGGGUUCUGUUUCUGUGGUUUUCAGGGAUUAUGGUUGGGAUUGCUGUGCGAACCUCAGUGCAGCUCAGUGACGAUGGAAAAUGUCUGAUGGAAAAAUGUGCUUACUGGUUGAAUGUGCCCUGUAGUUUGGUUCUUCCUCUUCUAUAUCUACAGAGGGCGGGGAAACUGUCAUUUUCUGUUAG